AUGAUUUUGAAGGAGAAAUUUAUCUCAGCAAGUUGCAACCCAAGAUCACAUUGUCUAGAAGCAUCUCGAGUGAAAAAUGUAGUCUUAUAUGCCUCAAAUUUGCAAAUCGCUGUUCAAACAAUUCCCGAAGCCGAAAAUCAAGUUGGAAAAAUCAUUUCGCUGUCAGAAAAACGACACAGUAAACCAAUCACAACUCUGAAGCGAAUAAAGAAUUUUUCUGGAGAAGAUGAGCAAUUUAUAAGUGGUGGAGUUGAUGGAACUGUAGUUUUAUGGGAUUUUCAAGAAAAUCUAGAAUAUUUGGCAAAUCUAGAAGGUGCUUCAGGAUCAAUCGGAUGUAUUUGUGGAUCCUCGAACUCUUCAAGAAAAGUCCUAGCCGCAUCCUGGGUUUCAGAAUCAUCCUCAGGCUUUCAAGCCUGGUGGACCGGGCCUCAAGGCCAAGUUUCGAAUUCCUACGCAAUCAAUCUAGAUCAAAACGCGUUUGCCUUAUGUUUAGACUCAAUUUUCUUGGAAAAUGUGGCGAUUUUGGCUGUUGGAACAUCGAAAAGAUUCGUGGAAUUGUUUUCGGAAAAUGAAAAUCGCACGGCAUUUCAAAAAUUGAUUUCAGUUGCUGGACAUACUGAUUGGAUUCAUUCGAUUGCUUUUAAUGGUGAGAUUUUGGGUGAAAAUAACAUAGAAGCCCCAAAAAAUCUCUCAAUAUUUUUCCAGAUAAUCCCGAAAAUCUUCUGCUAGCCUCCGCUGGUCAAGACACAUUUGUCAGACUUUGGAAAAUCGAAAAAGACGAGGAAUCGACAGUAACUCAGGCUACAGUAUCCCAAGAAGAGCUGACAAGUUCCAAAAAUAAAUUCUCGAUUUCUGGCGUCGGAAAAAUGCGAAUCUCUUCGUAUGCUGUUAUGCAGGGACAUGAUGAUUGGGUUCAUUCGACAAAUUGGAAUCAACAAGGAAAUGUUUUAUUGACGGCGAGUAGCGAUAAAACUUGUAUUAUUUGGAGGUACGGGGUGGAUUUUGAGGGGAAAUUUUAGAUUUUUCGGGCAUUUUUAACCCAAAAAAUCGUGAAAAAUAGGCGGUUUUAGCCUAGAAAUCACUAAUUUUGGUUUAAAAAUGAUAUAUUUUGAAACUAAAAAAUUUGGAAACUAAAAAUCCACGCGGAAAAAAUUUGAAUGAAACUUUUUGGACCUAAACUUGACGUGGUCCAAAAAAAUCCAAAAAAAUUUGAAUUUAAAAAUUUUCCCGCCAAAAAUCAACGUGGAAAUAAUUGGAAAUUUAAACAUUUUAAACUUGGCGGCUAAAUUUCACUUGACAAAAUAUAAAUUCAAAGUUUUGGCAAGAUUUAAACCACGUGGAAAACACAGGGGUUUUUUCACUACCGAGUCAAUGCAAAAUUGUAAUCGAGCAAAUAGGCUCCGCCCAUCUUUUUCCGCACAGACAUGUGGGCGGAGCUUAGGUUUUCAGAUUUUCAAAAAGAAAAUUGAAAACCCUUUGGCUCAAAAGACACACAAAUAAAAAGAAAAAAGUCGGGCUAUAUGUGUGUUUGCAGCGACCGACAUCUCGCGAGGCCGGCCACACGCUAUUGUUUUUUUGUCGGCCACGUAGCGCGCUGUUUGCGGAGGUUUUUUGUCGUCUGAUAAAAUGUUUUGUACGUGAUUAAUUCUCGGUAGUAAUAAAACCCCUGUGGAAAAUAUUUGAAUUUCAAAAUUUUCGCGCCAAAAAUAAUUAUGACACGAUUUUUUUCCAGAAAAUUUAGUUUCUAAUUGUAAAAACCCUUAAAGGCCUUGAAUUCAUCCCAAUUUUCUUUUUCCAGAGAAAUCGACGAUUUAUUCCGCGACGAUGUUCGACUCGGAAUCGUCGGCGGACAAGCGGCCGGCUUUUUCUCCGCAGUCUUUUCCGCUUCCGCCGAGAAAAUCAUCGCCAGCUCGUAUUUCGGCGGUUUGCACGGCUGGAAAUGCGAGGAUCCCGUCGAGAAGACUUUUUGGAAUGCGAUUACAAUGACUGGGGGACAUGUUGGUGAGGUUAGAGAUUUGGAUUGGCAGAGAACGGGAGGAUUUUUGAUCAGUUGUGGAGAGGAUCAGACGACGAGAGUUUUUGCGAGAGAACAUGAGGAAGGGGAGAAUCAGGCGGAUAGAGGAUUUGUGGAGAUUGCUAGACCUCAGGUAAGGAAUUUUUGGGUCCUGAAAAUUUAUCCUGAAAUUAAUUUGGGGCCAGAAAAACCUGUUUUCAGCCUGUAAUUAAUUUUUGAUUGAAAAAUCCACUUUUUGGGUCAAAAAUGGUAUUUUAAAGCCUAAAAAUUCAUUCAGGAGCUGAAAAUUGAGCCUAAAAUCAAUUUUUAACCUGAAAAUCCACGUUUCAGGCUUCCCCGCUCAUUUUCCCCAAAAUAUUUGCUUUUCCAGGUCCACGGCCAUGAUAUGCAGUGUAUUUCAAUGGUUAAUGAAUCAGUUUUCGUUUCCGGAGCCGAGGAGAAGAUUUUCCGAGCUUUUCGAGCUCCGAAAAGUUUUGCCCAAAGUUUGGAAGCGAUUUCGGAAAUUAGUUUGGAAGAGGUGAGUUUUAGGGAAUUUUUGGAGCAAAAUUUCGAAAUUUUUUGAACAAAAAUGAGGAUUUUUACAUCAAAAUCAGUAUUUUCAAUAAUUUUCAUGAGAUUUGGAGCUGAAAAAUGAGCCGAAAGUAAAUCACACCUCAGCCAAAAUCGUGGUUUCCACAAUAAAAAAUGUACGCUGACUUUUUACAGUACAAAAAUUAUGAAUUUUUCAGUUUUUGUCCUCUGAAAAUUGUGAAUUUUUCAAUUUUUGACCUCUAAAAGCUGAAAUUCAGAUUUUUCCAAAAAUUGUACUCUGGUCAGCCACGGCUUGGCCGAGGUGUGAAGUAAAUUCACAUGAAAAAUCAUGUUCCAUGAAUUUCAGAUUUUUCGGGAAUUUUGGAAGAAAAUUUGAAUUUUACAUUGAAAAUCAUGUUUUUUGUAUCAAAAUUAACUCUAAUUCAAUGAUUUUAAGAUAAUUUCAGCCAAAUUCCUCAAAUUCCAGACCUUCAAAUCCACCAAGUUAGCCGAAUUCGGAGCUUGUGUUCCAGCCUUGGGACUCUCAAAUAAAGCAAUGUGUGAAGGUGAAACUGUUGAUGGAGAACAUUGGGAAGAAGAUGCAUUUAGAGCUGCUCCAACGGUUUUGAAGAGUAAUUUUUGCUUCCUGAUUUCCAGCCAGCCCAAAAAAAAUCGCAUAUUUUCAGCUGCUCCCACUGAAGACACCCUUCAACAGAAUACACUUUGGCCAGAAGAACACAAAUUAUAUGGGCAUGGUUAUGAAGUUUAUGCGGUUGCCACAAAUCCGACGGGAAAAGUUUUGGCCACGGCGUGUAAGGUGGGAAAAUUUCACCUAAAAUUACCUUAAGAACCUUAAUUUUCACCUUAAAUCACCUAAAAACCUCUAUUUUCACCACUAAAUUUUUUGCAGUCAAGUCACAUCGAACAUUCAGUGAUAAUUCUAUGGUCCACUGAAGAUUGGUCGAAAAAAUCGGAAAUUGUUGGACAUCAACUUACCGUAACUCAGAUUAGUUGGAAUUUCAAAGGAACAUUGUUGUUGAGUGUUAGCCGUGAUCGAACUGCAAAAUUGUAUAGAGAAAAUGAGGGAAAUGGUGAGGUUUGGGUCAAAAUUUGGAAAAAUCGUGUUUAGCCUCAUUUUGUAGAGAUUUUUUGGAUCUUGGCUGAAAUUAAAAUUUCGGCCCAAAAUUUUAAUAGAAUCUGAAAUUUUCAAAAAUCAUGUUUGAGCUCAUUUUGUAGAGAAUUUUGAGGGCUUCAAAAUGAGCAUGAUUUUAGGAAUUUGGCUGAAAAUUAAGUCUGAAAUCAAAAUUUCAGUCCAAAAUUUCAACAGAAUCUGAAAUUUUUAAAAAUCUUGUUUGAGCUCAUUUUGUAGAGAAUUUGAAGAGCUUCAAAAUGAGCCCAAACAUGGUUUUUGAAAAUUUUAGAUUUUUCAAGUUUUGGGCUGAAAUUUGGGUUGCAAAAGUUUUUAAAGGCUCUUAAUUUUAGACACAAUUUUCAGCUAAAAACUAAUUUUUUCAAAUGUCAUUCUUGGGCUCAUUUUGUAGAGGAUAUUCAGAGCUGUAAAAUGAGCAAAAAAUGCUUUUUGGAAAUUUCAGAUUUUGGCUGAAAAUCAGGUCUGAAAUUGAUUUGAAUUUUGGAUAAAAAUUGACCCCUAGGCUUAUUUAUACUCAAAAAAGUCCCCAAAUUUCACCCCAUGUCCCUUUAAUAUUCCCAAUUGCUCAAAUUACAGUUGAUGGCUUCAAUUAUCAAUUAAUCUGGUCUUCCACUCCAAAACAUCAUUCCCGAAUUAUUUGGUCGUGUGAUUGGUUCAAAACCCCAGAAUCCGAAAAUCAAUUUAUCACUGCUUCUCGAGAUCAGAAAAUCAUAAUCUGGAAUUUCAACGAGGCUGAAAAUCAAGCGAUUCCUAUUUGCUCGCAAAAAUCUGCAGAGCCUGUGACUGCUAUUUCAGUUCAACCUUCUGAAAAUCCACUGAUUGUGGCUGGAUUCCAAAGUGGACUUUUGGAAGUUUAUCGAUUUUUGGAUGGAAAUUUGACGCUGCUUCAAAGAAUUGGCGCAUCGCCAAUUUCCGUGGAUUCGCCAGUUACAAGAAUUCGAUUUUCGCCGCAAAAUGGACGAUUUUUGGCUGUUUCUAGUGCUGAUGCAAAAUUGAGGAUUUUCGAAGUUUCUUCUUGCUGA